AUGAAACUCGCAGUCACAGUAUUGGCAUCAAUCCUGCUUGCUUGCUCGGUUACUACAGCUACUCCAGCCAAUCCCAGUGCAUUUGUAGUUGAUAUUAGUCGACUUUCAGAGGUUGAUGCGAGGUUGAUCGAAGGACAUCUAGAAACGGAUCGAAAACGUCAAGAGAUGAGGAAAGUGUGCGUCUUGGCCAAAUCUAAAGAGCUUGAUCAAAAAAUAUUGGUGGCAUGGCUGAAUAAGAAACAUUUCAGGUUACUACAUAAACUUUUGAAAAACAAGAAUGAUCCAACAUAUCAAAAAAAGCUUCAAAAUUCUAGACUCGAGCUUAAAGAAGCGAGAGAAAAACUCGAGGGGCUUGAAGAAAAGCGAGAGAAACUCGAACAUGAUUUCUUUGUGUUUAGAUUGUCAUUGUAUUCAAUCAGAGAAAACAUCGCAAGGCGCCUGUUUGGAUAUGGUAUGGAUCUAGCAUCGUUUUAUUCUUGUGUUGAAUUUCUGAAAUUCAAUCCCAGUUUUCUUGAAAGCAUAUACGAAUCUCUCACUCUCCGACUAAACCAGCAGUCAGAAUCCGAGCAAGCUUCUACUAGUUGA